GGAAACUGGCUCAAAUAUAUCAAGUUUGCUGGAUGCUACAAUCAGCACAACCUUGUUGCAUGUCAAAUAAGUGAUCAGAUAUUCUACAGAGUGGUAGCAGAUAUUGAACCAGGAGAGGAGCUCUUACUGUUCAUGAAGAGUGAAGAUUAUUCCCAUGAAGCAAUGGCUCCGGACAUUCACGAGGAGCGGCAGUAUCGCUGCGAGGACUGUGACCAGCUCUUCGAGUCCAAGGCUGAGCUCGUAGACCACCAGAAGUUCCCCUGCAGCACACCUCACUCUGCCUUCUCCAUGGUGGAGGAGGACUUCCAGAAAAAGCUUGAGAGUGAGAAUGACCUUCAGGACGUCCAUGAAAUCCAGGAGUGUAAAGAGUGUGAUCAAGUCUUCCCAGACAUACAAAGCCUGGAGAAGCACAUGCUGUCACACAGCGAGGAGAGGGAGUACAAAUGUGACCAGUGCCCUAAAGCUUUUAACUGGAAGUCCAACUUGAUACGCCACCAAAUGUCACACGACAGCGGGAAGCACUACGAGUGUGAGAACUGUGCCAAGCAGGUUUUCACGGACCCCAGCAACCUCCAGAGGCAUAUUCGUUCCCAGCAUGUUGGGGCUCGUGCUCAUGCGUGUCCAGAGUGUGGCAAAACCUUUGCCACUUCUUCAGGCCUCAAACAGCAUAAACACAUCCACAGCAGUGUCAAACCUUUUAUAUGUGAGGUCUGCCAUAAAUCCUAUACUCAGUUUUCAAACCUUUGUCGUCAUAAGCGCAUGCAUGCUGAUUGCAGAACCCAAAUCAAGUGCAAAGACUGUGGACAAAUGUUCAGCACUACGUCUUCCUUAAAUAAACACAGGAGAUUUUGUGAGGGCAAGAACCAUUUUGCAGCAGGAGGAUUUUUUGGCCAAGGCAUUUCACUUCCUGGAACCCCAGCUAUGGAUAAAACGUCCAUGGUUAAUAUGAAUCAUGGAAAUCCGGGCCUUGCUGACUAUUUUGGAGCCAAUAGGCAUCCUGCUGGUCUUACCUUUCCAACAGCUCCUGGAUUUUCUUUUAGCUUCCCCGGUCUGUUUCCUUCAGGCUUGUACCACAGGCCACCUUUGCUACCUACUAGUUCUCCUGUUAAAGGACUACCAAGCGCAGAUCAGACAAACAAAAGUCAAAGUCCCCUCAUGACAAAUCCUCAGAUACUGCCAGCCACCCAGGAUAUUUUGAAGGCACUAAAUAAGCAACCAUCAGUAGGGGAGAAUAAGCCAGUGGAGCUUCAACCAGAGAGGUCCUCUGAAGAGAGGCCGCAUGAGAAACUCAGUGACCAGUCAGAGAGUAGUGACCUUGACCUUGACGAUGUCAGUACCCCCAGUGGCAGUGACCUGGAAACCACCUCGGGCUCUGAUCUGGAAAGUGACAUUGAAAGUGAGAAAGAGAAAUUUAAAGAAAAUGGUAAAAUGUUCAAAGACAAAGUAAGCUCUCUGCAGAGCCUGGCUUCAAUAAAUAAUAAGAAAGACCACAGCAAUCAUUCCAUAUUCUCACCAUCCUUAGAGGAGCAGACUGCGGUGUCAGGAGCGGUGAAUGAUUCUAUAAAGGCUAUUGCUUCUAUUGCUGAAAAGUACUUUGGUUCAACAGGACUUGUGGGGCUGCAAGACAAAAAAGUCGGAGCCUUACCUUACCCUUCCAUGUUUCCCCUCCCGUUUUUUCCAGCAUUCUCUCAAUCAAUGUAUCCAUUUCCUGAUAGAGACUUGAGACCGUUACCCUUGAAAGUGGAGCCCCAAUCACCCAGUGAAAUAAAGAAGAUCCCAAAGGGAAGCUCUGAAUCUCCCUUUGACCUCACCAUAAAGCGUAAGGAGGAGAAGCCACUUACUCCCUUACCCUCAAAGCCAGCAGGGUCCUCUGCAGCAAGUCAGGACCAGCCUCUAGAUCUCAGCAUGGGCAGCAGAAGUCGAGCCAGCGGCACAAAACAAGCUGAGCCUCGGAAAAACCACGUCUUUGGAGACAAGAAAGGAGGUGACCUCGAGCAAAGGAAACCUUCCGAGUCCUCCUUGCAGCACGCCAGGCCGACCCCAUUCUUUAUGGAUCCCAUUUACAGAGUAGAGAAAAGAAAAUUAACUGACCCACUGGAAGCUUUAAAAGAGAAAUACUUGAGACCUUCCCCGGGAUUCUUGUUUCAUCCACAAUUCCAAUUGCCUGAUCAAAGAAUUUGGAUGUCUGCUAUAGAAAAUAUGGCCGAGAAGCUGGAGAGCUUCAGUGCCCUGAAACCAGAGGCCAACGAACUGAUCCAGUCAGUGCCAUCCAUGUUCAACUUCCGCGCUCCGCCGAGUGCACUGCCCGAGACUCUGCUGCGGAAGGGCAAGGAGAGAUACACCUGCAGAUACUGCGGCAAGAUCUUCCCGAGAUCUGCAAACCUAACACGUCACCUGAGGACGCACACUGGAGAGCAGCCCUAUAGAUGCAAAUACUGUGACAGGUCCUUCAGCAUAUCUUCUAACCUGCAGAGGCAUGUCCGUAACAUCCACAAUAAAGAGAAGCCAUUCAAGUGUCACUUGUGUGACAGGUGUUUCGGUCAACAAACCAAUCUUGACAGACAUCUAAAAAAGCAUGAGAAUGGGAACAUGUCUGGUACUGCAACAUCCUCACCUCACUCAGAACUGGAAAGCACAGGGGCCAUUCUAGAUGACAAGGAAGACUCUUACUUCACAGAAAUCAGGAAUUUCAUUGGAAACAGCAACCACAACAAUCAGUCCCCCCGAAACUCAGAGGAGAGAUGCCUUGGUGAAGGGAUGGAAAUGGUGGACGUAAAGCAAUUGCCACAAAAGUAUUGGAUUAAGUGAUUACAUGCGUGUUCAGAUUUCAUUCCAGCUUGAUUGGCAACGAGGGUUUGGGUUUUUUUUCCUUUGCACAUCUGGUCUCAACAUGUCCUCCGACAGGAAGUCAGCAAAGUGGAAAGGUUGCUGGGUUGUGCAGUGUUUCCUUUCUAAAUUUGGCACUUCAGACUGCUCUUGAUGGAUAUUUUAUCCCUGGCAAAUUGCUGCAUUUGAAAGCAUAAUUAGAGAAUCUGUUUUCUUAAUCACAUGGCUUUUGUUACUUUGGUUGUAGUCCAUCUCCCUUUCAUUUCUAGCAGCCCCAAUUGAGCAUAACAAGCAAGUUGGCAGCCCAAACUGCUCAACAAUUUCAUAUUUCUGCCUAUUUAAAUAAAAGAUGAUAAAGAGAUACUGCUCUGAUUAUCUUGGAGGGGGGUGGCUGUUUCAGCUCUCCCAGCUCUGCACAGCCUUUUUUUUUUGAUGCCGUGAUAUAAACAGACCAUUCCUUAGCUUUUUAUUAACGCGGUCCUUAACUGGUGACAGCAAACUGGAAUUUGCUUGGGAAAUAGAUGGAACUCUGUUGUGUUUGUGAAAAUGAUGCUGCUGUUAUAUAAGAAACCAGCUUUGAGCACCUCUGCUGCAAUAGCAAAGUCAAAGGUUUAACCCCAAACACCCCACUUAGGCUCAUCCUUAUCUCGCUCCAACUUUUGGCCUGUUCUAUAUUGUCCCGCACAGUUUGAAGCACGCAGAGCCUAAAGCAAGCUGCGGGUGGACAAUAAAGUUUCCAUUUUGGUAACUGUAUUCCUGGAAGAGUAAGGACCUUUUGCACAGUGAGAACAAUAGAUGAAUCAAGGCCUCGGCACUGCGUAUCGCAGCAGAGCUGAUAGGCUGGUGGCGUGAAUUCCUGGGGCUCCAGCGAGCGCUUUCACAUCGCUGCUACCUCUGGCCCUGCAUUUGUCAACUUGGUGAUGACAAAUCUCUUUAGUUCUCAUUUAAUGAAGUGGCCACAAUGAUCAGAAUCCUACAGGGUUGAGACCAUUAGCAAAUGAGCCCCUGCUUCAGUGUGGGUGUUAUGUCCUUGAUAAAAUCCUGUAGGAAGUAGUUAAGAGAAGUCAUUGUCUGAAAGCAAAGGACAGUGUUAAGAGCAGUGGGUAAGCCAAAUGGUUUUCCAUGUGUGUAUUGCUGUAAUUACUCAUUAAAGAAGAAUAAAUGCA